UCAAACUAAGCAACCCAUGUGCUGCUUUCUUCUUCGAAAAGCUUUAGCUACCAAUAUUCCUGCACUGCACAGCUUUUUGCACAACUAAUUCAGAAUGUAAUGGUGUUGCUUGCCCAGUGAACCAUUGGCUUUUCAGCUCAGUAAAAGGCUGUGACAUGGCAAACCACGCUUUCGGACAGUCGCACCCAUCGGAUAUCAAGUCUGCUUUGUUUUCGCUCGCAUCGCAUUCCUUACGUGAUGACCCAGUUGCAACAUCUGCGGCGUUCUCCCACUGCUGCAAAAUUCUUGACAGCCACCCGGAGUCCAAUGUCUUUUGCAAGGAGGAUCGCUUGAUCUUGGAUCGAAUCAAUUCACGACUGGCAAGGCAAGGCAGGGAGCGUGAUGCUGUGCGUGUCACUGAGCUCGUGCAGAGGCUGGAGGCUAUGGGCCAACUCUCCAAUCGGCCGGCCAUCCUCUACUUCCUCUUCCUACUUGGCGGGAGCUCUGCGUCUGCUACUGACCAUUCAGCAAGCAGCACGGUUCUAUCGUCAUUGCGUCAUCGUCCAUCUGCCACGACAGCCAUGGCCACACCAUUCACCAACCUGCAUACCGAUCAACGUCAGGACAAACGGCAUCAAGCGCCUCGCACGUAUCGACCGCUGCGUGUCAACCGACCACUGGGUAUGAACAGCAGUAGUAGCGGCGUCGGUCUCAGCUCCGGCCUGGAUGGAAGCACUAUGCCGUGGAGUAGCGACGAAAGUGCACGACUGCCGGACGGUGCGGAGGGACGCACGGUUGUUGUAGCUGGCGGUCGCCGUCCUGCCCAGCGUGUCUUGCCCCGAGCUCAGACCCGUCCCGGAGCACCGCGUACCAAGAUCGGGCAGCCUAACUUCCAGUCACGCUACACGCCUGCCGCGCACAGCACGUUCGCAACUAGUUACGACACGAGUAGCAGUAGUACGAUGGCUAGCAACACCAUGGACUAUGUGUACGGGCAGCGCACGGCAGCAGCAGGCGCUGCCUCUGCCAAAUCCGACGCUACCAUAUCGGUCAUCAAUCCGGCAGUGCCGGAGGAGUCAUUUGCCACCACCACAGCUCCUCAAGCAGAUGUUGGUGUUCCUCGUCCCACUGUUAGAGCUGGCGAUGCUCUGUUUAAACCAUACGAAGGAACCGCUGAGGUUCCGGGACCGAUGGUCUGCGAGGCAACGCUAGUACGGGACUUGAUCUUCGUCUUUCAAGGCAUUGAUGGCCACUACAUCAAGUACAACGAGAAAGCCGACGCAUUCCGAGUCGACCCAAAGGCCUUUAUACCUGCCAGUAUCCAAGACCAGGCGCACAAAUUGGCUGAGCUGGGCUGGUUGUACAAGCGUCUGCGGCGGUUUGUCGAUGAGCACUCCAAGAUCAUGUCCUAUGGUCUUGUUGGCCAGAGCUUCUGUGCUGCGCUGAGUCAUGAGCUGACCGAGUACUAUCGCCUCAUUGCCGUCUUGGAACGUCAGCAAGUGCAGCCUGAUGACGUAGAGGGCUUGUCGAGUGGAGGCCUUACCCUGACCAGACUGCGUGUCUGGGCAAUGGAACCCAUGAAGCGACUCAUGGUCCUGGUCUGGCUCGUCAGUGAAUGUCAAGACCUGAAAGGUGGCUCUCUGGCCGGGAUUGUCUACAAUUUCUCGCACACCAGUGAUCCCGACGUCCUAGCACUGAUGAGGCAUCUACUUAUUCAGGUUGCGCUGCCUCUUCGGCAUUUCCUGGACAGCUGGAUCUACGACGGCGAGCUGGAGGACCGCUUUCAUGAGUUUUUUGUCGCCGAAGAUGUGUCCGUUCCUGCCAGCCAUUUGUGGGCUGCUAAGUAUUCCUUGCGCAAGUCUGUACUGCCACCGUUUAUUCCUCUGGACCUCGCAGAGAAGAUUCUGCUGAUUGGCAAAUCGAUUAACUUCUUACGUCAUCUGUGCAAUGAUCGCACACAGCUGGGGCUACGGCCAAAGCAGAGCUCUGUGGAUCAGGAUGUUGCAGGUGCCGUGGACCUGAUAGAGGGCUGCACGAUGGGUGGUCGCCUGCGCACCACGGUCGAGGCCGUGUACCAAGCCACGAGCCAACAUCUUCUCAACACCUUGCACCAGCAGUACAAGCUGUCAGACCAUUUGAAGGCAAUGCGUCGCUACCUGCUGCUGGGUCAGGGUGACUUUAUUCGCCACCUAAUGGACUUGCUUCUGGAUGAGCUUGCUCGGCCCGCCACCACUCUGUUUCUGCACAAUCUGAUUGGAACCCUGGACGUCGCGGUGCGUGCCACAAACGCACAGUUUGAGGAGCCCGACACACUGGAGCGCCUGGAUGUCAAACUCCUGGAGGUAUCGUCCGGUGAUGUUGGCUGGGAUGUGUUCAGCCUGGACUACCAUGUCGAUGGGCCUAUUCGCACGGUGUUUGAUGAGGGUGCUAUGCUGCGCUACCUCCGCAUCUUCAAUUUCUUGUGGCGGGCCAAACGCAUGUCCUACAUAUUGUCGGCACUCUGGACAUUGCAGACUGGCUGCCCUGCACAGCGCAAAGUGAUCCCUGAGUUGAAGCCACUGUUCCACAAAGCACACUUGCUCUCCUCCAGAAUGAUCCACUUCAUGCAGCAGAUGGAGUAUUACAUCAAUUUUGAAGUGCUAGAGUGUACAUGGGCAGAAUUGCAGAAGAAAGUAGAGGCGGCCAAGGACUUGGACGAGGUCAUUGCCGCUCACAAUCGCUUCCUAGACGACGUCACCGUUCGAUGCUUGCUCACCGAAUCUUCUCAGGACAUGCUUACAAAGUUGCGCGCAAUCUUUGAUGAAGUGGUGCGCUUCCAGAAAAUCUUGAGCGACCUCAAUGAUUCGACUGAAGAGGAGAUCCAAGCGCGUCGCUACACGGAGAAGCUGGCGUCACAGAGGUCGAAAAAGGGCGAGUGGGGUUUGACAGCCAUGGAUUCUGCAGCGGCUGAGGAGCGGGAGAGGAUUUUCUUGUUCAAGACGUUGCCCAUGCUGCGCUCUGAGCUGACAGUACGCAUGAACUCCUACGAGGACAUGGUGAAGGUGUUCCUGUCCUUGUUGUCAAAGCACCCCGACCUGAGUCUGCGAUCGCUGAGCUUCCGCCUCAACUUCAGCAACUAUUACCCAGUCAAGGUGAUGCGAGCGUCUAUGGGAUUCCGCGGGAGGCCACCAGCCCCCGCUCAGUUCAUCUCGCAAACACAUUGACAAUGACUAGCUUCAACUAUCUGCAAGUACCUGCAUUCUCGGUUUGUUCUUUUAGUAUUUCCACGUUUACUCCUAGAGCAUUCUUCUAACCUUUUUAUACACUCUCAUGUGUUACUUUCUCGCUAUUCAUGCAGUCUGAUAUGGUAUUUUUAUAGCCCAGUUUUUGAUGGGCGAGAUAUGCUCGGCACGUACAAUGUAGCUGAGGUCAUGAAGCAGGACUACCGUUGAACAUCGGAGUACGCCUGCUGCCAAUAUUGCAAUCUGGUUGCAUGUAUACCAGGUGCACCCCGUAGUACAGCAUGUGAUCAUUUCUUUUUUUUGGCAGUGCCAUGUUUUUUUUUUAGUUUAGCCAUGGCUGUACGUGCAUGUGCGCUUAAUUGCAAAAUUUGAACAUGGCCUCUGUGCCAAGACUUUAUAAAAUUAACCAUCUACUUCAGUACUUCGUUCUCAAAGUAUUGAAGAGAUCUAUGUGUAUGUGUGUGAUACUAGAUCGACUAGUACAGUAAGAGUCGCACUUCCAAGGACGUUUUUUUGACUCGUUUACAAGAGGCCAGGCUAGCUGGGACGUUCUUAUCUUCGAGCGUCUGUGUGCCCUUCGCACGAGAUUCUUAGAAACGGUGUUGUACUGG